AAUAAUUUGUUCGCUAUUGUGAUGUAUAUCUGAGUAAAACGGCUUCCGGAACAAGAACAAAUCUAACUUAUAUUCUUUGAUUGUGUGUCUGAAACUGAUUAAACACUGUGUGUGUGGGAACACACAUGAAAACUAAAAAAUUAGCAGGAAUGAGGCUCUUCAGGACCAGGAAUGAGGAAGCUGCUUUACAGACACACCUGUUUUACACACGUCACUCAAACACAAAACCAGGAAACAAGAAUCACAUGACUUCAGAGUUCAGAGUUACCUGAGUGUAGUUGAGCUGUUGUGUGUUUGUGUCUCUGUAUUCAUGCAGUAAAAUGGCAGAAGCCAGAUUUUCUCAGGAUGAGUUCAUGUGUUCAGUGUGUCUGGAUCUCCUGAAGGAUCCAGUGGCCAUUCCCUGUGGGCACAGUUACUGUAAGAGCUGUAUUACAGACUGCUGGGAUCAGGAGGAUCAGAAGAGAGUCUACAGCUGUCCUCAGUGCAGACAGACCUUCAGUCCAAGACCUGCUUUAGCUAAAAACACCAUUCUGGCUGAAAUGGUGGAGAAACUGAAGAAGAUUAAACUUCCUGCUGACUGUUACGCUGGAGCUGGAGAUGUGCAGUGUGACGUCUGUACUGGAAGAAAACACAUAGCCGUCAAGUCCUGUCUGGUGUGUCUGAACUCUUACUGUCAGAAUCACCUUGAACAACAUGAGAGUUUGUUUAAAGGAAAGAGACACAAUCUGACUGAAGCCACUGGACGACUGCAGGAGAUGAUCUGCCCGAAACACGACAAGAUCCUUGAGGUUUUCUGCUGCACUGAUCAGGAGUGUAUAUGUGUGUUGUGUAUGAUAGAUGAACAUAAAAACCACGACACUGAAUCAUUUGCAGCACAGUGGACAGAGAAACAGCAUCAGCUGAAGGAGACACAGAGGUCGUUCCAGCAGAGGAUCCAGCAGAAAGAGGAAGAUCUUCAGCAGCUGAGAGAGGCUGUGGAGUCUCAUAAGCGCUCUGCACAGACAGCAGUGGAGGACAGUGAGAGGAUCUUCACUGAGCUCAUCCGCUUCAUUGAGAGAAGCCGCUCUGAGGCCACACAGCGGAUCAGAGAUCAGGAAAAGAUUGCAGUGAGUCGAGCUGAAGGACGACUGGAGCGACUGGAGCAGGAGAUCAAUGAUCUGAGGAGGAGAGACGCUGAGCUGGAGCAGCUUUCACACACACAGGAUCACAUCCAUUUCCUGCAGAGUUUCCAGUCUCUCUCAGCUCUUCCUGAAUCUACAGAUGUAAAUGACGAUCCCUUCAGUUCUCUCUUCUCUUUUCAUGUUGUGAGGGAAUCUGUCUGUCAGCUGAGAGACAAACUGAAGGAUUUCUGCAAAGAGGAGCUGAAGAAGCUCUCUGACAGAGUCACUUUCACCAACAUUGUUCCCAGAACCAGGAACGACUUCCUACAAUAUUCCCAUCAGCUCAAUCUGGAUCUGAACACAGUGAAUGAAAACCUCCGUCUGUCUGAGAGGAACAGAGUGAUUACAUUCACUAACACAGAGCAGUCGUAUCCUGAUCAUCCAGACAGAUUUGAUGUGUUUUAUCAGGUGUUGUGUAGAGAGAGUGUGUGUGGACGCUGUUACUGGGAGAUUGAGUGGAGUGGGGAAUAUGUGCAUAUAUCAGUGUCAUAUAAGAGCAUCAGCAGGAAGGGAUCUGGUAAUGAGUGUUGGUUUGGAUCUAAUGAUCAGUCCUGGAGUUUGAUCUGCUCUUCCUCCAGUUACUCAUUCAGACACAAUAACAUAAAGACUGAACUCCCUGAUGAUGAUGAUGAUGAUUUAGUGUCCAUCAUCAGUAGAAUAGGAGUGUAUGUGGAUCACAGUACAGGAACUCUGUCCUUCUACAGCGUCUCUGGAGACACAAUGAGCCUCAUCCACACAGUCCAGACCACAUUCACUCAACCGCUCUAUCCUGGGUUUAGUGUUUAUAAUGGAUCAUCAGUGAAACUAUGUUGAUGAAUCAGAACAGACUGUAGAGAGAUUCUACCCAUAAUGCUUUGAGCUCAUGAUGAAUCAGUAACAGUGAAUUGUUAUAGAGUCUCUUAUUUUCUCUUCAUUACAUUAAUACUACAGCUGAACUUCUGUCAGUGAAAUAACAUGAAGAAUAAAUGUGUGUAAUGAAUCCUCAUAGAGACAGUGAGAUCAGUGUGUGUGUGUGUGUGUGAGUGAGUGUGUGAGUCAUGAUGAGUGACGGUGUGUAUCUGUGCUUUUCUCAAGCUCUAUUUGUGUUGAUGGAAAACAUUCAUUCAGUUCUUAUUAUAGUGUCACAUAAAUAAUUUUUAUUAUUACUAUCAAAAUUAACUUUUAU